AUGUCUCUUUUAUUCUUACUCUGUUUGGUUUUGCUUACUCUCAACUCUACUUUAUCAUGUUCGGUUGAUAAUUGUGAAAAGUGUAGUGAACAACUAAUAACCGUUAAAUAUUGGAAGAGUAAUCAGUAUAGUUGUCAUAAAACAUGUUUUCAUAAUUCAACAUAUUCAUCUCAAGGGUACGAAUGUUAUUCAUCGAGUAUUCAUCGUUGGAACGUUGUUUGUUACGAUGAAUUGUGUUAUUGUGAAAAGAUUGAACAAUUAGAAGAUUGGUGCGAUCGAUGUAAUGAUGGUUUUAAAUUAAAUCGAACAAAUGGUCAAUGUGAAAAGGAAGACACAAAAAAUUCUGAACUAUUAACUCAUUUAACAGAUGAUCGAAAAAUAACAGAAUUGACUUGGAUUGGAGCACAUAAUGCUGGUGCUUAUAAAUUACGUUUUCUAAAUACUCUUUCACAUGGUAUUCGAGCAAAUAUUGAUGAUCAUCAUUGUGGAAAUUUAAAUAACUUUCAUCGUCAAUUUGGCGAAGCAGUUCUAAAACGUGGCUCAGAGAAUCAACAUUUAUCCAUUUACGAUCAAUUAUUAAAUGGUAUACGAUUUUUUGAUUUAGAUAUUUGUGAACAUGACAACAUCAUUCGAACGUGUCAUUGUUUAUGGGGUAAUCAAAUUCAAGUUUUUCUCCAAGAUAUUCGUACAUGGUUGACUGAAAUUUCGAACAACAACGAAAUUAUAAUCAUUCAAUUUUCUGAUGGUUCACAUAAAAAUUCGACUGUAGAAAAACUCGUAGUGUUAGUUGAAUAUUAUUUAAAAGAUUAUUUAUACAACUUAGAUGCUACUAAUUGGCCACCAACUGUGGGUGAUUUACUAUCAAAAAACCAACGUGUUUUAAUUCUAUGGAAAGGCCAUACAUUUGAUCGUCGAUGGCAAAUUUCAGCAAAAAAAUAUUCCCGUGGUUCAUAUGCUCAUACGACUAGUUUCAAUAAUCUAGUAAAACAUCAUAUAGAAACAUGUAAAAAAUUUGAUACUAUAGUGAAUAAAAAUUAUUUUAAUUUUAUUCAUUGGUACUAUACAAUCGAUUCGACAACAAUAAUUUUAAAUUUAUUUACAAAAACUCUACUUAUGGAAGAAAAACAACGCAAAUUACAUGAACAAUUAACAACAGUACUAAAGAGUGAUAAUAACUGUAAACGAGCGAACGUUAUUUUAGGAGAUUUUGUUGAUGCAAAUUUUGUCAGCAUUAUUAAGAAGUUAAAAUCAUGA